AUGUUCAAUCGUACCACUCAAUUGAAAUACAAGCAUCCUUGUUCGGUUUGUACAAAGCGGAAGGUCAAAUGUGACCGUAUGGUACCAUGUGGGAACUGCAGGAAGAGGGGACAGGACUCCGAAUGUAUCAAAUCCUCAAAACUAAUAGCGCCCUCAUCUUCAAAGGAAUACCUUCCUGAUCUAUUAUUAUUUUGGCAGAGUUAUGAGUACUGGGUAACAAACAUUGGCCUAUUCAAAAUGAAAACAAGAGAUCUCACUAGAGUACCGACUACUUUGGCCACAGAUUUCGAAGAAUGCGAUUUCUGGAUGGAUUAUCUCGGAAAAGAUCAAUCGUUUCAAUUGAUGAACUUCGCAAUGGAAAAUCUGGGUGUUUUAUAUUUCGGAUCCAUAGGAGACAUCAGCGAACUAUACCUCAGAGUAGAGCAGUACUGGGAUAGGAGAAGAGAUGAUACAUCUAGUGUGGAUAGCCAGUACUGGGAUGCAUUAAUAUGGUCUGUAUUUACCAUGUGCAUUUACUAUAUGCCAGUCCACAAACUAUCGAACGUUUUUUCUGCAAACCCCCUUUCUGAGCAUUUUGGCACUGGUAAAGAGCUGAGUUGGGAUGACGGCCUUCAGCUAGCCAUGUUCAAGAAUUUUACACGUUGCACACUAUUACAACUGAAAAAAUGUGACUUCAUGGCCCAUCCUGAUAUAAGAUUUAUUCAAACAUAUCUGAUUCUAGCAACCACAAACUUUCCAUACGAGGAGCCAUUAUUGGCGAAUUCGUUAUUAACACAGUGCGUUCAUACUUUUAAAAAUUUCCAUAUUGACGACUUUAGACCGUUACUUAAUGACGAUCCUGUUGAAAGCAUAGCAAAGGUAACCUUGSGAAGAAUAUUUUACCGAUUAUGUGGAUGUGAUUACACUCAGUCGGGGCCACGCAAACCAAUCGAACUUCACACGGAAGUAUCUUCUCUGCUACAACAUGCAGCAUACUUACAGGAUUUGCCUACUGUGGAUAUAUAUAGAGAAGAAAACAGUAUAGAAGUACUGUAUUGGAAAAUCAUGUCCUUAGAUAGAGAUUUAGAUCAGUAUCUGAACAAGACGUUCAAACCACCCCUGAAAACAUUAGAAGCCAUCAGGAGGGAACUUGACAUUUUCCGGUAUAAAGUAGAUUCGUUAGAGGAAGACUCUAGAUCGAAUAAUACUAGAUUUGAAAAAUUUAUUGCCACUUUCCAAAUAUCUACUGUCUCAUGGAAGUUAUUCAAAAUGUACCUAAUAUAUUACGACUCCUCAGAUUCGCUACCAAAAAUUAUACAUUAUUCUAAAAUAAUUAUCAGCCUUAUAGUUAAGAACUUUCAAGAGAAAAGUGAGUUUUUUAAUAAACAUCCAAUGGUGUUGCCAACCGUCACAAGAGUGGUAUCCUUUAUGUCGUUUUAUCAGAUAUUUAUAGAAUCAAAUGCCAUCCAAGAACUUUUAGUGGACUUUACUGAACUUAUUGCAAAUUUGCCUCUGAUAUUCGGCCUAAAAUUAGAUAAGCUAGGAUAUUUGAUCGAUAGGUUCAAUAAAUUGAAACAAUUAUGGGAAAAAGUACGACUAUCAGAUUCAGGUGACUCAUUUCAUCAUCCCGUAUUCAAAAUUCUACAGAAUGAUGUUAAGAUAAUUGAAUUAAAAAACAGUGAAAUGUCUUCUCUCAUAAAGGGACUUGGGUCUUUGGUCCCACUGAACAGGUUUAGAGGAGAAUCUCUGCUGGAGGAAGACGACGAGGAAAGUAAAGAGUCGACAGAGUUUAGAGAUAUCGUAGAAGGAUUCCAAUCCGAAUAUAAUAUUACCAAUGUACUUUCCUAA